AGCUUAGGAGCAAGUAGCAGGUGGAGGCAUAGAAAAGGGAGACCUCCCUAGCAGGGGAGUUGCAACACCUUCAGAGCUUCCACCAAAGAGACUACUUUGUUGAAGGAACAUUGUGGUUUGUCACGAGAGUUUCUCUUGGAAAUGAGAUUUUCAAGAAAAAAAUAAUAAAUUACAUUUUCUCUUUGAUUGAUAGUAUGACUUAUACCAAAUGGCUGCUUUUGCACAGCUAUGGCUUAAUGCCCAGCAAGAAACCACCAAAGUGUUGGGGUUCUCUUUUGUCUAAGGUAGAUUUGUUCGGGUGUGGUUACUGUUAUUAGCAAUGUCAGCAGAUGAGAAAUCAGGGCAUUGAGAGUGGAACCUGUGAGAAUCCAUGUACCUUCAAAUGAGAAAUUGCCCAAACUCUUGAGAGAGCUUGACUCUGGGACUUCAGAACUUUCCUGACUGUUGGCCCUUUGUUCUUUUCCAGACACUGUGUAUCUUAGCCAACAUAGCGGAUGGGACAACAGCAAAAGAUCUUAUUAUGACCAAUGAUGAUAUCCUACAGAAAAUCAAGUAUUACAUGGGCCAUUCACAUGUUAAACUGCAGCUUGCAGCCAUGUUUUGUAUAUCAAACCUCAUAUGGAAUGAAGAGGAAGGUUCACAAGAACGCCAGGAUAAAUUACGAGACAUGGGCAUCGUAGAUAUUCUACACAAAUUGAGUCAGUCACCAGAUUCAAACCUUUGUGACAAGGCAAAGACAGCACUGCAGCAGUACCUGGCAUGAUGGGAACACCCCUGGGCACCUGCGAGCAUCCCACCUCCUUGUUUAAGGAAGUACAGGAACCAGCCUCAUUUGAUUCCUUCUAUUUGCACAAGUCACCUUGGACUGCAGGGAGCUGUUUUGCAAAAGCAAUUUAGUAGGCUUAGAUCUCAAAUUCAUCUUGAGAACAUUUUUUUGAGGUAGUAGUUUCCUCAGAAGACUCUUGGGUUUUGUUUUGGUUUUUUUCUGAGCUACCCGGACUCUUUACUGAACAAUCAAUCAUUUUCCUUUGGACCUACAAUUUUUUGCCUAUGCUGCAGCCACUUUGUGAGUGAGAAUGAAUAUGUCUGUGUGAACACACAGGCAUGCGUGUGUAUGUGCACGUACGUGGGCCAGAAUGAAUGGAUAUGUGUGUGUGUGAGGGAUACCUCAGAUUUUUCUUUUCUUAUUUUGUGUGAAAAUCUCUUUUCUACAGAUUUUCCAGGGUUUAAGCAUUGCUUGCUGUAUAAAAAACUUUACUGAAUUAUAUACAGUUUGAAUGAAAUGUUAUUUUAAAAACAAAACAAUUGUUAAGUGUUCCAUAAAGGUUAUGUUGAAUUUUGGUCAGAUGAAUAUUUGUAAGUAAAAAAUAUAUGCAUUUCUGAACCUCAACUUACAUAGAUUUUCUUUAUAUAAAAAAAAGAAAAAGUUGGCUAUAGCUGGCCUGAUUAACAGGCACUAUACAUGGUGCUGUGCAAAAUAGUAAGCUAGCAUCUUACUACCGUCAAUAUUAGCAGGUACAGAGCCUUUUUUCAUCCUAAUUCAAUAAGUUCUCAGGCUACCAAGUCAGAUGGACAGGGAGGAGUAAAGUGAGGCGACAGAUUCACCAUAGGCUUUUUGAAGCAUCAAAGGAAAAUAUAACUACUGAUAGUGAAAGCCCAGUCGUGACCCAGAUGGGCUUACCCUUGACAGGAACUGGGGACUGAGAGCCUCCCAACUGCCCUAACUCCUGUCAUUGGUAUACCAAUAUCUGGCCAGAUUUAGAACCAGUCAUGGAAACUUGCACUCAUAUUAAAAGUAGGUCAUCUCUUCCCAGAAACAGUCAGACACCUUGUGCUUCCUGAAACAGCAUAUAUCACUGUGAAACUAAAGAAUGUGCUACAGACACACCUGAACAAAGAACAGGAUAGUUUAGAAAGCUUUCUCUUACCGGUAUUCAGCAAAUUUCAUACUAGUUGCUCAGGAUUGCUAGUUGGUAUGCUUUUGUAAAAUGAGACUGAAAUUCAAUAAAAGAUGCAACUAAAAUCUUUUCCUGCAUGAAGCCAAAAGCACCCAGGUUGAGAGAGGGGCAAGGGAAUCUCCCCAGGAUGACUAAAGAUGACUUCAGCAAGUACUCCUAGCCCUUCUGCACCCCUUAGCUUGGUCCCUGCUCCAACUUCUGGGUCAGCUGCAAGGUGAACUCAACAGAAGUUGCUCUUGACUGUUUGAAGGUAGAAGCAGCCUGCCUUUUCUCUUUGCUAAAAGAAGGUCAGAGGCAUCGCAGCCAGGAUGCAAGGUCUGCAGUCCAGAAGCUUGCGGUGAGUGUGUGCCACAGAUGGAGCCCCAAGCCCACCUACCAGCCACUCCUGAUGGGGUUGCUCCCACUGCAGCUGCCCUAUCACCACCCUGCACCUUCCUUGGAAGAUUUAAAUGUUUGAUUGCGAAUGAAUGUUUAAAAAUGUAUUUAAUGCAAUUUUUCCUGCUCUCAACAUGACCACCCAAGAUUCAAACACAGAGAUUUCCAAGUUAUUAUUUUUUUAGAACAUCACUGAUUUAAAAUCUGUCACAACAGGACUUGGGUUUUGUGCAGAUAUCAGAAUGCUAAUGUGAGAAACCCAGUUAAAGGAAAACUUUGUUUAUUGGAAAGAAACUCAUUGUUUCUAGUACUGUGAAAAUAUCCUUGGUUGGCAUUGUUAACACAAAACACUGUAGUGUUGGUAUUAAAUAGUACCAGGUAAAUAUAAAGAAACCAAUAAGGAAUUGCUGAGACAAUCUUGAACCCAAAUAGCGUUAGAAAGCUGAAGACCCAAUGAAAUAACACUUUCACACUUAAACUCUGUGGUGAAAUCUUGCCUGUGGGUAUAAACAGAUGGUCAAAUUAAAAAUGCUUUACUAUAAUUAACUUUUCUGAUUUGAAUGAAGGGAAAUGUAUUUAUUGAAACAAAGCUGUUUGCUGCUUUAUGCAGAUGCAGUGUUCAGUCAGCAAGGAAGUGGGAAGAAUGGACAUGGUCUUGUGUCUACACCCAAGUUCUUAACUAAGCUUCUCGCUCUAAUACUGCAUUCUGUUUCUCCUUUUGUGCCCUGAUUGUAACCCAAAAUUUAUGAACUAGAAAAGAAUGUCCAAUUUAAUAAGUUGCAUUUUUUUUUCCCUUAAGCACUUUAUUCAGAACAAUACAUGUUCUUCUGGUAGUGUUUGGAUAAUAUGAUUUUAACACAUGCUAAUAAAAAAGCCAAGAAAAAUCAUGGCAACUUCUAAAAA